AAAUUUCCAUUCCUUAGUAUCUUCGACAUUAAUGUUAUUCUUACUGGAACAUUUUUAAAUGUUCAAUUGCUAAUCAUGCAUUUACCCAUUGCUUUGAUGCUUGUUGUUUUUGCAGCUGCCAUUUCAGUUUCUACUGCUUUGCCACCUUUUAGCAGAUUUAAACCAGCUUUUCAGAUGCCUAAAGAUCUUUUGAAACCCAAUCUGCAGCUCAAGGGACAAGGAGGCGGAAACAGCUUAUCAGAUUUUGGAGGAAUAGUAAACCUCGGUGGACAAGCAAAAGUUUGGGAAAGCCCCAACCAGGACUGGCAAGUAGGAGUCGGCGGUAACUUUAAUCAGCCUUUGGGUGGUGGAAACCCUACUUGGGAUGCAAUGGCAGCAUUACAGUAUAACUUCUUGUAGAGAAUGUAUUUAGUUGUAUUUCAGCAGGAAAAUGUAAAUAUGGAAUGGAGUGGAUUCUUCUUACGCAAAUAAAGAACAUUUUUAACAUAAAGACUGAAUAAUCUCAAGAAGCUGAUAAAAUUUUAAACCAUGAACAAGCAGUGAGUGACACAAUCAAUCUGACUCUCAUAAGCUUCAAUUAAGCCUGUCGUCUGUGACUCAUCAGUGAUAAACCGAUCAAUGAGUGAAAUUAUUUCGUGAACUUAGUAUUGUAACUAGGUAACUACAAAUUUGAAAAAAAAAAAGAAGUGUUUCUUUGUUGAACUUGAGUUGAGCACUUUUGUUGAAAAUUUUCGUUUAAAAAACGUAAAUAUUUCUAAUAAAAUAAAAUUUAGAAAUUAAAUGUUUAAUAACAUUUAAUUCAAGUUUUUGCAUGCUUCAAUAGUAAAAAACAUGAAUUGUCGAUUAAGCGGUAAGUUACCUCCCUUAAGCCAGGGCUAAAGCAGAACUACAUGCAAUAAACUAAUUGCAUACUUGUUAGCACUCUUUGCUUCAAUAAGAACACAUCUGCCUCCAGCUUAGUUAUUCACUAUUGCUGACUGAUGAGUCUAUAACAAGGAUGAGACUACAUUGUCUGAAUGUGAUAACCGGGCUGUUGAAAUAUUGUGUGUAUUAAUUGUUGAUAUUACUUCGAAGCAGUAUGAAUUCUAUAUUGUAGUUACCUAGUAGUAGUACGCCCUUCAAGACUAAAAAAUCUAAAAACAUUUUUUACAUUUUAAAUGUUAUUAAAAUGGAAUAAACAAAAUAAGUGAAUUUUUUUCUCUUCAUUCAGUUUUCAUCCAGGGCCUGUGUUUAUAAAAAGCUGCUAUACAACGUUGGUUUUUGAACAGUAUCUAAAAAAUAAGAUAUAUACGAUGCAUCUAAAGCCUUUAACAAGUAGACGGGUUUUAUUACAGCCCCCAUUCUUUACAUUUGGCAUUUAUUUAUUACUAUUUUUAUCAAACGAGAAGAGCCCUACUGAGAAAUGUUACGUCCACAAAGCCGUUUCUCACGUAACUCCAGCAAUAAUCUUACAGAAAGGUUGUAAACGUACUUACUCAAAAUACUGGCUUUUAUCUUUCCUCUACUGACUCAAUCGCAACAGUGCAGCAAAUUCUCAGCGGAAUUGCGCCUGAUCUUAAAACGACUCCCUAAGGAGUACGGUUCGAGGAACAAGAGGAUCUUUUUCCGCUCGAGUAAGGAGAAAAAUUGAAAGUGGAGUUAUAGCAAUAAAUAGAUUUGAUGGACAUUUUUACACAUGAGCAUUUUAAACGAAAGAUAUAUAGCUCUUUUUUUAAUUCUUUAUGACAUAAAGCAAAAGGAUAAAUUUCAUUUCAGUUUUGAAAAUGUAUUCACGAUUGUUAAAUGUGUAUCAAGUUGUUCAGUGUUAUAGGGGUAAUUACUUCCUUUUUCAAAUACGCUUUUGAUUUUUAAACGGCAUUUUAUGGGUGAUUCUCAAAAUAGGGGACUUAGUAAAAUUUUAAAGC